CGGUGACGGUGUACUAUCCCUGCAACUCCGGGCCAUGUUCCUGGCGCCGCAUUCCGACCACUCGUGUUCCGCCGUCCGCACCGAUCUCCUCUCUCGCAGACACUUGCAUUUGCCUGGCGAGCGAAUUCUCCCGCUGCCGCCAACAUGUGGUUCGACCGCUCCCGUCCUCCGAACAGCUUCUCGUAGGCACCUCUCGCUGACGCCCCUUUUGCUCCUCCUCCCACGCAAUUCUGUCUUACCAACGCCGGACAGAACGUGCUCAGCCUCUCGUGCACGUACUCGCCUUGUUCGUCACCUCGUUUAUUCAAGAUGUGGGACCGGACACCUUGCGCCUUCGAUGGCAGCGGUGGCGGCAAGUACUUCCCCCAUUGCCCCGCGUUUGGCCGAGGCCGCAUUCGCACGGACACGCCUGCGAGCCGUGCACACACAGAAUUGUCGAAGACAUCUCACAGAGCGCAAGAAACGACAGAUGAGCGUCCAGUCCCAGCCCACGCGACAGUCAUUGGCAACUCGCGCACGCGAUGAAACGAUGUGGGCGCGUAGGCGUGCAUGCAGUCGCACACACGCCAAGGACGCUGCCGAGUGAAACUCGCGGUCGCCAUGCCCCGCACGCGGUGACGAAUCAAGUGACAUGGCCGAGGGAUGCCAUUUCGGGUGCAAUCGGCCUCGGGACAGCCAACAGUGGCGUGGCGUGCAUGGAGGGUAUUGGCGCGGCGACUGGUGUUGUAAGGUUUCGGACCAGAGGUAAGACACCGCCUUCGCGAGAAUAGGACAUGCUCAUCCUCCCUUUGCGUAGGCUGGGACGCGAUCGCGAGGGCCUAUCCUGGCAGCAUGCGUCGCGCGCAGCAGGGUGCGGGAUGUCUGGCGAGUGCAACCGAAGGUUCGCGCGCAGCCGGCGCGCUAUCUCCGCAUCAAGACGACGCGAGGACUUUGUCCGUCCACAUAGGUGGUAAAGUUAGAUCUCUGGACGCUGUGGGCGUCCACCAGAUACCCUUGACGUCCUACAGUCGUUUCGAGCAUUAGAUACCGCGCGAGGUAUCGGUACAUACGAAGCUGAGCCUGCCGUCGCGGGCGUGUCUUGCGAUAGAAGGAGGCAGCAUCCAAAAUGCGGGCUCGGACCUCGUCUUCCUGAGGCUCGGAGUCUCGGGGUAAACUCCCUGUGUUCUGGGAGUCUAGAACGCCGAACGUAGACGUUUUGCGCAUGCGGGUACCAGGAGCGAGCGUCCGCAGUAUUUCAGGUAGUUUUCGCGAUCCUCUCAACGAUGGCCAUUGCCGAAUGGCGAAUGCAGAGCCGGAACCGCGCCGCAUGGCGCUCCG